GACACAUGAUACUGUCACACAUGAAAAGAGAAGGGUGCAUAUAUACAUUACAUACAGACAGAGCACCACUCUUCUUCUUCUUCACCCAUUGCCACCUUAUUUGCUCAUAGAGAUAGAGAGAAUCAGAGAGCCUGAGAAAGAUGGUAGGACCGGCAAGGCCUCAGUUUGUUCUGUUCGGAUCUUCCAUAGUCCAGCUCAGCUUCAGCCAUGGCGGCUGGGGCGCCAUUCUCUCCGACCUCUACGCCCGCAAAGCAGACAUAUUGCUGCGUGGUUACUUUGGAUGGAAUUCACGGCGUGCUCUGGAGGUGCUUGAACAAGUUUUUCCCAAGGAUGCAGCUGUGCAACCUUCUUUGGUGAUAGUCUAUUUUGGCGGUAAUGAUUCUAUGGGGGCUCAUCCAUCUGGGCUAGGACCUCAUGUACCACUUCCUGAGUAUAUUGAGAACAUGAGGAAGAUUGCAAGUCAUAUCCAGAGCCUUUCAGAUUCAACGCGUAUCAUUGUUCUUAGUUGUCCUCCUGUUAAUGAGGCCACGAUUCGUGCAAAUAAAAGUCCCUAUCUCAGCGAGUUAGUAAGAACGAAUGAGCUAUGCCAACAAUAUUCUGAAGCCUGUAUAAGGCUAUGCCAGGAAAUGGAUAUCAAGGUGGUUGAUCUAUUUACAGCAAUACAGAAAGGAGAUAACUGUUUUACAGAUGGGAUUCAUUUAUCAGCUGAAGGGAGCAAAAUAGUGGCGGAAGAGGUACUGAAAGUACUGAGAGAAGCAGAUUGGAAGCCAAGUUUACACUGGAAAUCCAUGCCAACAGAAUUUGCAGAGGAUUCUCCUUAUCAUCUCGUUGCUGCUGAUGGAAAGACGACGUUAAAUCCCUCUGAAUGGGCGUUUUAUAGAGAUUCUCACUGGAACUCUCUAUAAAAUACCUUUCAGGGGAUUUGCAGUUGCAUAUUGAAGACUGAAGUAUCCAGUGGUGCAUGGGACACAAGUAUGAUAUAAUAUAGUUCAACAUCAAUCGCAUAAUAUUGAAGACAUACUUUGUAACAACUGUUAUGCCUUCUCCUCUUUCUCCCUAGUUUCUGGUGAAUCCUUUGUUCCUAUUACUUUUGUCAAAAUGUGAAGCCUCAACAAGGGAAUCCCCUAUUUGGCAAAUAAGAGAAUACAAUUACUUUGGAUGUGUCGUACA